AUGUCCAGAACAGUUAUUUUAACAAGACGUGAGGUAUUUUCAUCAAGUCAUAGAUUAUAUUCUGAUAAAUUAAGUUUAGAAGAAAAUAAAAAGAUUUAUGGAAAAUGUAUAAAUUCUCACGGUCAUAAUUAUGUUUUAGAAGUAUCAAUCAAGGGUGCAGUCAAAGAAGAUAUUGGUAUGUUUAUGAAUAUUACAGAACUUAAAGAAAUCUUAAAGGAGAAAGUAAUGGAUAAAUUAGAUCAUAAAAAUUUAGAAAAUGAUGUACCAGAACUCAAAGGUAUUGUAACCACCACAGAAAAUUUAUCAAUCUUUAUUUGGGAUCAAUUAUUCCCAUCUUUAAAAGAUUUUUUAUAUGAAGUUAAAAUUUUGGAAACAGAAAAUAAUUUUGUAGUUUAUAGAGGUGAAUAA